AUGGACAUCCAGAACAUCCAGACCGGCUCCCUGCGCAAUGCCGCCUCGCCCGCCCCGCCCCUCAACCUCCCCUCCCCAUCCACCUUGACCACCGCCCCCACCGGCGACCGCAUCUACGUCCUCGACGUCCUCUUCGAGCCCUCGCAGCCCCUGCACAACCUCGCUCUGCCGCUGCUCAGCAGCACCACCUUCACCACCUACGCCGACCUCGUCGACGCCGUGCACGCCGCCCUCACCCAGCUCGCCGCCUCGCCCAGCCCCUCCGACACGCAGUGGCUCGAGCGCAUCCUCGCCGCGCACCCGCGUCUCGGCGAGAAGAAGGUCGAGAGCGCGCAGAGCGCCGCCGAGCAGGCCGCCCUGCGGAACGGUAGCGGCCACGCCGCCGAGACCGAGGCCAAGGAGCUUGCCCAACUCAAUACUGACUACGAGGCUCGCUUCCCCGGCCUUCGCUACGUCGUCUUCGUCAAUGGUCGCGGCAGGCCGGAAAUAUUUGCCGAUAUGCGCAGGAGGAUCGAGCGCGCCGAUAUCGCAGCUGAGCGCGUCGAGGCUAUUCAGGCCAUGUGCGAUAUCGCAAACGACAGAGCCAGGAAGCUUCAAUAAUAAGUAGAUUCCGUGUCCUGAAUUCAUGGACAGUGAAAUGUAACAACAUCUCUAAGAUCAAUGGUCACGGCUUUAAACGUCCUAGGUAUUCUGUGUACACAUUUUGUUGAUGUCGCCGCAGUCCGAU